AGGUGGUGCCUUCCUCAUUGCUGUACGGGGCAGUACCACAGGAGCAUCUCCAAGAUAAAGCCGACCCGAGCACUCCUGACUGCUGCAAAACCCCCGCACUCUCUAGCACCCGCACGCUCACCUAACACUGCCGGUUGUCUGCGUUUCGAGAGUUCCUUUCGUUUAACAUUAACGUAUUUUAGUGGCUAAUACAACAGCUAACACAACAGCUGCGACUUUUUUUUCGCCGAUUGUCGUAUGGAUUAGCGUUGCGCGUCUUUUGUAGCGUUUUAAAUCGUUCCGUUUUCCACUAAGGUCGUUUAACACCGACAGCCUAAAAAUUGACAAUAAGCAAGGUAACUCUACACAAAUGAGUCACAGAAAUGGCGUCAUUUUAGUCGAUUGAUUUUUUGUUUUUUACUUCGGAUAAGCAGAUCAGCUACCCUGAUAGGAGGACUGGAGUUCUUGCUGUCAGUCUCGACAUACAGUACACUUGCGUUUCGUUUUUAGGCUUCUGCAGGACACUGCUCGCCUGGUGUUUGUCACUGUACAGUAUCCUCAGUGCAGCAACUACAUUACAACGGGAACCUGCUACUGUCGCUGAAACCGGCUGGAUGCCUCACGCAGUUGCCUAGGACUUUGCUGAUUUACUUGCACUUACUCUCGGAUUUGCGCCUCGUCGUGUAGUGGCUACUUCGACCUCCUGUCAGUAUGGAUUUUGCGUUGGCUUUUUUCUUUUGCUUCUUCACUGUCCCGAUUUUGGGAGACAACGCGAGCAGCAAACCCCGGAGUUGCUCGGAUGUCAGACAGUUCUACAGCGGAAAAGGCUUCAGUCUUAGCGCGGUCCCACAGACAGAAAUAUCUGGUGAGCACUUGAGGAUCUGCUCUCAGGGAUACACCUGCUGCACCAGCGAGAUGGAGGAAAGCCUCUCCAACCUGAGCCGCCGCGAGUUCGAGGGUCUGGUCAAGGAGGCGGGGCGAUCCCUGCAGGCUUCCCUGAAUGCUCAGUACAGGAACUUCGAUGGCUACUUCCUGGAGCUGCUGAACGGCUCUGAGCGCUCCCUGCAGGAGUCCUUCCUUGCCACCUACGGGACGCUGUACUCGCAGAAUGCCCACAUCUUCCGGGACCUGUACGGCGAGCUGCGACGCUACUACCGCGGCUCCAGCGUCAACCUGGAGGAGGCGCUCAACGAGUUCUGGACCCGGCUGCUGGAGCGUCUCUUCAAGGCCUACAACCCGCAGUACGCCAUCGGCGACGAGUACCUGGAGUGCGUGGCCAAGCAGACGGAGACGCUGCGCCCCUUCGGCGACGUGCCCCGCGACCUGAAGCUCAAGGCCACCCGCGCCUUCAUCGCUGCGCGCUCCUUCGUGCAGGGCCUGACAGUCGGCGGGGAGGUGGUGCGCAAGGUCUCCCAGGUUCCCCUCAGCCCGGAGUGCACGCGUGCCAUCAUGAAGCUCAUGUACUGCCCUCAUUGCCGCAUGAUGGCCUCCAUCAAGCCCUGCACCAACUACUGCAGGAACGUGAUGAAGGGCUGCCUGGCCAACCAGGCCGACCUGGACACCGAGUGGCAGAACCUCGUCGACGCCUUGCUGCAGGUGACGACCCGCUUCAGCGGGGAUGCCAGCGUGGAUGUGGUCAUCUACUCCAUCCCCCUGCGCAUCUCUGAGGCCAUUCUUACCCUGCAGGAGAGCAUCAUGGUCUUCACCAGCAAGGUGUUCCAGGCGUGUGGGAACCCCAGGGAGGCCGGGACCCGCAGCCCCGAGGACACAAGAAAGCGACCCAACGCGGCGGUGGAGGCCAAACCCAGCCCGACUUCCAGCGUGCGGCUGGAGAAACUGGUCUCUGAUGUGACAAGCAAGUUGAGGGAGAUGCAGCAGUACUGGGUACAGCUGCCCAAUGCACUCUGCAACGACAAGGUGACAGCAGGAGCAGCCAACGAGGACAAGUGCUGGAACGGAAUGGCCAGGGCGAGGUACCUUCCCGAGGUCAUGGGAGAUGGCCUGGCCAGUCAGAUCAAUAACCCUGAGGUGGAGAUCGACAUCACGAAGCCCGACAUGACCAUCCGACAGCAGAUCAUGCAGCUGAAGAUUAUGACCAAUCGCCUGAAGAACGCCUUCAACGGCAAUGAUGUGGACUUCCAAGAUACCACUGAUGACGUCAGCGGUUCGGGGAGUGGAAUGUGUGCAGAUGAGCAGUGUGCUCGCAGCCCUCGUGUCAUCGUCCCCAACACAGACCGGCCCAAACUGUACGCCUACCCCGCUGAGAAUAAGAAGGUUGUGAAAGGCACAGGCAGCCAGACCCAGCCUUGUGUCGCCCUCCUCCUGUUCUCACUGGUCGCCCUGUUGUUUAGGCGAUAAUUGACAGGCUAUGCCACCAAU